AUGGCCGCCAGGAUCGUGGACCAUCCGGCGUUUGACAUUUUCUUUGCACUGGCCGUGAUCGCCAAUUCGGUGUUCAUCGGCAUCGAGGUCCAGAUAUUGUUGGACAAUUAUGGAAAGCCUCCGGAUGUGGCAGUGCAGGUUGUUCGAGACGUCUUCGUUGGCCUCUUCUUCAUCGAGCUUCUGCUGCGGAUCUUGGCAGACGGAUUUCGACAAUAUUUGGGAGACGACUGGAUGUGGAUGUGGCUGGACACGAUCGUGGUGCUAAGCUCCCUGUGGGAGCUCGGUGUGGAUAUUGCGUUUUACCUCCAAGAAGAAUCCGCAAGUGAGAACCCUGCGCUGGCUGGGGUCAUGGGCUUCAAAGCGUUCCGAAUCAUCCGCAUCACGCGCAUUGUCAAGACUGUGCGAAUUCUGCGGGUCUUCCGCUUCGUGAUGGCAUUCCGAACGCUGAUCACUUCUAUCCUCCAUACGAUUCAGUCGCUCUGCUGGGCACUCUUGCUCCUGGUGCUCAUCAUGUACGUGUUCGCUGUACUUUUCACGCAGGCUGUGAACGGCUACAUCCUGGAUGGUAACCAGUUGUCCGCAGAAGAUCAUGAGGCCAGCCUGGCCUACUUCAGUUCCGUGGCAGACACCAUGCUCAGUCUCUUCAUGUCGGUCUCGGGGGGCGUCAGCUGGGAGGAGGCCCCGACCAGCUGCAUGAGAUCCACCCCUUCAGAAGAUGAGAGGGUUGUCCUCGAAAGGGCGAGCCAACUCCACCUGGAGAUGACACGCAUCUUCGUUCGGUACUGUUGCGCGCUGCUGUGCACAGGCUUCGCUCUUCAGCAGUGGCGUGUAGCACGAGAUGUCAGCUUGACCACAUCAGCCACGAUCCAGGGGACGAUGCUGUCGGGCUUGGGAGUCUUCAUGCUUAUCGACAGCUGCCCGGCGAUUCUUACUGUUGGGAGGCUGAAUGCCCUGUACGUGCUGGUGUCCCUCUACGCCACCGUGAGUUUGUCUCCAUGGCAUGUGCAACUUGAUAGAGUCUUGCUGAUGGAGCUUUGCUUUCUGGCUUUUGGUCGAAUUCCUGCGGUGGUGAUUGCACGCCUGCUUUGGUUGUCUUUUGCAAUGUCCCUAGAUGUCAGUGUUGUUGUCGAAGUCAGUGGCUUCAUUGCAACCGUCUGUACAUCGGUGGCAGUCCAGUUACUGGUGAAAAGCCGCGUGGAGCGCAAUCUCCAAUAUGGGAAGAUGACAGCCGACUUUAACGCCUCCUCUUCUCUACUGCAGCUGGUCUGUGACUCCAUCGUUGAGCUGGAUGCAGAUCUGCAAAUCGCAGAGCACUCGCCUGCACUCGCUGCUAUGCUGCUGAGGGACAGGCCAGGUACAACCCUGGCAGGUAUGGACUUCACGGACCUAAUACCUGGUGCUGCGGAGGCUGGCCGCGCAGCGGAGCUGCUGCGGAAGUUUGAAGAUCAUCCUUCUGACAGCUUGAAGGCUCAAGCCUUCCACACACACUUGGUGGACAGCGACGCAAACCGAUUCCGUACGGAAGUCUUUCAGGUGACCUAUCACACACUGCAAGGUCGUGUUAGGCACCUCAUCGGAUUGCGCGACGUUACAGACCAAGGCCCUAUAUGUCGCAGCGAAGCCGCCGAGAGUUUCUCCAUCAUCCCACGAACCUACACACCCAUGUCUGCCGCGACAUGCAGCUCCAUAGAAUCACAGCCCGCCGAUGGCAAUUCGGAGCAGCGGACACACACUAUCAGAGUCGCUCGCUUGGAUUCGAACAAAAUGGUCUCGCUCGAGAUCGAUAUGAACCUGCAGAUUGUCUGCACUUCCUCUGAGCCCGCCUACGUCGGCAAGCGUAUAGAGGACCUUUUGUCCAGCGAGGGCUUAGAUCUUCUGGAAACGUGCUGGGUCGAGAGCCAGUCCGGGCAU